ACCACUAGUGGUCCACCAUCGACCCCUAGAUGACCUAAUCUCGGCAAGUGUUUAUAAAAUCGUCACUUAUUUAAGUAGAUUUUUAAUGUACUUGCGAAACAGUUCUUGCCAUUCUGUUUUAAUAACGUAAAAAUGGAUCGGUGGCUAAACCAAAGAGGAGUCAAAAGAAAAGAUCAAGCGUUCACUGAAUGCAGCAAAACUACAGCACCACAAAGGCCCACUGAAGCCGGAACCAAAGAUACCGAGUCACGGCCACUGGCCACAACACUCCCGCAUACCACGGAGAUAGCGCACCGUGGAAAACCAGGUGAGAAAGUUAAGCGAAAAUAUCACAAUGAGUACAUGAAGUUUGGAUUUUUCUGGACUGGGGAUCUUGAGGAUCCCAGACCUCACUGUGUUCUGUGUUAUGAAAUAUUGGCUAAUGAAGCAAUGAAACCAUCGAAACUCAAGCGUCACUUUGAGUCUAAGCACAAAGAUUGUACAGAUAAACCAGUGUCACUUUUUGAGAGAAAACGUGAUGAGCUUGAGCGACACAUGAGUAAAAACACCUCACAGUUUUUUAUGCCCGGUGAAAAUGCAAAGGCUACUGAGGCAUCAUACAGAGUGUCUCUACUCAUUGCAAAAACGGGAAAACCCCAUUCAAUUGGAGAGACUCUAGUUAAGCCUGCUGCAGAAGUUAUGGCAAACGUAAUGUUAGGGAAGAAAGCUAGUGAUGACAUGCACAAAGUACCUCUGUCCAAUGACACUGUCCAGCGACAUAACUUCAAUGUCCGAAACUGUCCAAGAGCAGCUGAUCACACGAUUACACCAGAGACCAUUCUUUUCUCUUCAGCUGGACGAGUCCACGGACAUUGGUAACGAGGCAAAUCUUCUGUGUUUUGUGUGAUACAUCCAUGCACGCUCAGUCCACGAGGAUUUUCUCUUCUGUAAAAAAUUCUAUAAUAAUCUCUGAUCAUAUCAUUGCAUUUUUGUUUGAAUAAUUAGUUUUUGACUUGAAACAGUUGCAUAUUAAACUUAAAUUUAGCUUAUCCUUCCUAUUUUGUUGGUUUUUGGGGGCGUGUUAGAGUGGGAUUCUGUAGGUGGUCCUCAGAAAAAAAUUGGAAGAUAAAGUGGUCCUUGGGAUGAAAAAGUUUGAGAAACACUGGUUUAGAUCCUACCUGUCUGACCCAUACCAUUUUGUUGAAUUAAAUGGUGAAUC